AUGGCCUCAGCUCUUCUACGAAAACGACCUGCACCUGCUGACGACGGCGAGUGGGACGUCGACACACAAGUCCUCAUAACAGAACUACUUCUUCAAGAUAUAGACACCUUCAACCGUGCUCGAGUCCGUGGGCAAGCCAAUUCGAGCGACGCUGGUUCUCCUAUGGGUAAUCUAUCCGCUCUCGCUGGCCGUGUGAAAGACGCGUUGCAGAGAACGGGGACUCUGCGUUUGACAGCUAGGUCGAGCUCCAAGCGUAGCCGUGGGGAACAAAGUGCAAUCAUUCCCGACACACAGGAGUUGCUUGGGCAAUUUGCAUUACUGGCAGAGGCAGAGUUUGAUGACCGUAGAGCCGCAGAAGCCGUUGCGCGAGGAGAGGAUCUUCCCGAACCUACGGAAGCCCAGAAAGCCAUGCAAAGGCUAGGGCCCCUCUCGUUGUAUGUUCCUUCAUGCCUAAUGAGCACAAAACUGAAUGGGUCACAGGGAGAGAGAGAUGUAAGUCAUGAAUUGCAUUCGACUAGAUAUCACAGCCAACCAACACCCUAUCGUGGCAGAUGCGUCGUCUGCGGAGAAAUAUGCGACGUAUAUACUUCGUUGAGCGCACCAUGCUCACAUCGCUUCUGUCGUCAGUGCGUAGCAGAUAUGGUGGAAGCUGCGUGCCGCGAUGAACAACUCUUUCCAUUGCAAUGUUGUCUUCAACUACUCCCGGUAGAUCCUCUGCUCAAAAGCUUGCCCAAAGAACGGCGCAAAGCGAUCCAGGAGAAAAUUAUAGAAGCAUCGAUUCCAACCUCUCAGCGGGUAUAUUGUCCUAAGGCGACAUGUUCCGCAUUCAUGGGCGAAGUGAAGACAAAUACAAGGCAGCUUGAGCGUACGUGCGCCAAGUGCAAUACACUGGUCUGCUUGAAAUGCACGGAGCAAGCUCACCCAGGUGACGACUGCAAGCAGAACUCGCUCGCGCGUGAGGUGAAGGCGCUUGCAGCCAGGGAGAGGUGGCAGACUUGCCCCGGCUGCAAGAUGAUAGUGGAACGUGUUUCAGGAUGUUCUCACAUGCUAUGUCGAUGUGGGACAGCAUUUUGUUAUAGCUGUGGCACGAAAGGAUGUUCUAAACACUGA